UCACCAGUUGCAUCUUUAUCACACCAUGGGGGGAGAACAAUCAAAACCAGAACCUGUCACCAGAACGGUGUACGUAGAAAAACCUGCUCCACCUCCACCACCUAUGUAUGACGAACCAUGGAGAGUACUGCCUUGGGGAAACAACAUCAGUGGUCUCAACUAUGUGAAGGAUUAUCAACCUCAAAAUGAUGAAGUUAAAUUCAUCAGAGUCUUGCUCUAUGGGCCAGUCGGUGCUGGAAAGUCCAGCUUCAUCAGUUCUGUCAGCACUGUCCUACGAAGGAGAAUAGCCACUCCAGCAAAGGCCAGCUCAACCACCUCUGACCAAAGUUACACCAAAAAAUAUAAAACUCAUAAAAUCCCGAAAGAAGGUAGAGGAAACUUUUACCCAUUUGUCUUCAAUGACAUCAUGGGUCUGGAGGACGGUUCUGGAAGAGGAGUCAGUGUGGAGGACAUCAAACUGAUCAUGAAGGGACAUGUGAAGGAUGGAUAUAAGUUCAAUCCUGUAUCUCCAUUGUCCCCUGGAGAUCCUCACUACAACCCUUCGCCAUCUAUGGAGGACAGAAUCCAUGUCCUGGUCUGUGUGCAGUCUGCUAACGCACAAGAAAUUCAGGGUUCAGUCUUACAGAAGCUGAAGGACAUCAGAGAGGCAGCCAGCGACUUAGAUAUUCCCCAAAUUGCCGUCAUCACCAAAAUUGAUGAGGCCACCGAGGAAACUGAAAGGGAUCUGAGGAACGUGUACAAGAGCAAGCAUGUGAAGAAAAAGAUGACAGACCUGAGCGCAUUCCUGGGAAUCCCAAUGAACUGCAUCUUCCCUGUGAAGAACUACAGUGAAGAAACUGACCUGAAAGAUGACCUGGACACUCUGAUCCUGAGUGCACUGAAGCUGAUACUUGACUUGGGAGAUGACUUCACUUGUGAUAUGUAAUCCUACAGAAACUAAAACUAAAAAACUAAAACCCACAAAUAAAUAUAUUUAGUUAAUUGAAUUGAAUAUCAAGUGCACAAUGUAAGGAUUGUUUUUAAGAUUCGUUUUGGUCAAUCAGCAUCAGAUGAGGCAGCAGGAACAAUGAGUGAUAUUAUUUCAUUAACAAGAGAACUGCAUCCUGUCUUAGUGAUCCUUGGUUUGGGAUAGUUUGUGAAUAGUGCUUACAUAUUAACAUCGUCAUCAGACUGAGCGUCUUCUCUACUUUAUCAUCAAUAUUCUCAAAUAAAAAUUAAAAAAGCACAAGAAAUAUGUACCCACACGACACAGCACACCCUCGCACACAUUACACAACCUACUAUGGUUUGCACCUGUUCUGUAACAGUUGUUUUGUCCUGUAAGUGUUUGUGCUCAGUACUAUUAAAAAACAAUGAAUUAAUAAAGUUAUUUUGCUGUCAAUGCUGUUUACAACAGAUGGGAUAGAGGACCCUAAACAACUUUGCUUCUCUGACAGUGUUCAAGUCAAUAGGGCAUUUAGACAAUGUGUGUGACUAUGCCACUGUUACUUACUACUUACACUACCAGUCAAAAUUUUGGACAAACUUUCCCAGUGAAUUGAAUGAGAAGGUGGGGCCUUAGUAUUAUCAGUUCCCAAUGGAAAAACUAGAACGGGUCUAGCUUCCCAGCUAUGCAAACUAACCAGUCAGUAGAAAUGUAUUUUAAUUAUAUCAGGUGAAUGUGUUCCACCAAAUGUAGAAAAAGAGUUAUUGCAGUGUGUGUGCAGACACUGUUACUGGUGGAUCACUUCUUUCAGGCAGCAUAUUCAGCACAGUUCAUGGUUGUAUUUGAACCAAACAGCAAUGAUGGGGGACUAACGUUUAGUCAACCAUAUAGUCUGUCAUGGAGAUAUCUGAUUGUUAACUGCUCUCCAUUAAUACUGUGAACUUCACCUGGUCUGCAGGGAUGUGCAGUCAGUGAAGGCAGUGUCUGUCAGUGUGCAAAUAAAAAAUAAACAAAC